GCCCCGUAGCCAGGGUGCCAGCCGGGGAGUAGUUUCGUUUCUUCCUGGCUCCGGGAUUAGUUUCCAGGCACCCUCUCGGGCGCCAGGAGCCCGGGAACCGGGCGAAGAAGGUCGAGGGAGACCGGUCUAGGGGCUGCCCGGCCCCGCAGAGUGGGGUUGAUGGACCCGGCCGCCCUGGGCAGCGGCGCCAGAUCCUUGCCGCUGCUCCUGGCCCUUGCGCUGGGGCUGGUGAUUCUCCACUGUGUGGUGGCUAGUGGGAAUUCCACCAGAAGUCCAGAAACGAAUGGCCUUUCCUGUGGAUAUCCUGGAGAAAACUGCACAGCUACCACUGUGCAGCCUAAGCGGAAAGGACAUUUUUCUCGGUGUCCCAAGCAAUAUAAGCAUUACUGUAUCAAAGGGAGAUGUCGCUUCGUGGUGGCCGAGCAGACCCCCUCAUGCAUCUGUGAUGAAGGCUACACAGGGGCAAGAUGUGAGAGGGUUGACUUGUUUUACCUCAGAGGGGAUAGAAGACAGAUCUUGGUGAUCUGUUUGAUAGCAGUAAUGAUCAUUUUCAUCAUUUUGGUCAUUGGUGUCUGCACAUGCUGUCAUCCUCUCCGGAAACAUCGUAAAAGAAGGAAGAAGGAAGAGGAAAUGGAAACUCUGGGUAAAGAUAUAACUCCUGUAAAUGAAGAUAUUGAAGAAACUAAUAUUACUUAGUGCCUAUGAAGUUUCCUCCAGGCUGAUGGCGAAGCUGCAAAGGCCUUGCUUAAUUGAAAAUGGACAGAACAUGUCUCAGGAAAACAGCUAGUAGAAAGGGAUUUUAAAUAAUAUAUUUACUUUUUAUUUGUAACUUUA